GCAGCGCGCGGGGAGGAAAACGCCGUUCUUGGCUUGCACUGAUUGGCUUUUCUACCCGCUCGGGAAAGACGUUUCUGGAAGGGAGCUGCCUGUACAGAACGGGGGCACGUGGGAAAGAAGCCCAAGCAGCCGGCACCAGCGCGCCAGCACUCUGCAGCGGGAGGAGAGCAGGUUCCCUCCCGCCAGAUGGCGCUGUCGAGCUUUCCCCUGGCCUCCUACUCCAGUCCUCAGAGGCCCCAGCCGCAGCGGCCGCUCUAGCCGACCUGCGCAGGCUCUGUGGUUCCGGGCGGAAGUGAGGCGCAGAGCGGAACGGCCUCUGGUGACAUUUUCUUGGGGCGGCGCGGACGACUGAAGGGAAUUGGUGGUAGAGGCUGCGGAGGCGGCGAGGUUCCCUUGGCCCCGGCGGGGGCGCUGACUGCGACCCUCUGCUGGUUGCCGGGGCUUGUGCCUAGGAAGAGAAGGCGGCGGCGGCCGACGCGUCCCUAGUCACCGCGACCGGGAGAGUCCCGGCCCGGUGUCCGUGCGUGCCCCGACGGGGCGCGCGGAGCGGGCGAGGAGGUACGGCGCAGCAGCGGAGUGCAGUGUGAUUGAACCCAGGUGUGCUUAACUGAGGAUCCACAUCCCCAGCCCUCUUCUAUUAUUUUGAGAUAGAGUCUCACUGAAUUGGGUAAGACCUUGCUCAAUUGCUGAGGCAUACCGGAACUUGUGGUCCUCCUGCUGUAGAUGGUAUUAAGGUUGCUUUCCUGUUGCAUCUUUGAUAUCAUUUCCUAGACACUGCUCCAUGAUUUAACUUGAAAUUCUGAAAUGAAGAUGGAAGAGGCAGUGGGAAAAGUUGAAGAACUCAUUGAGUCUGAAGUCCCACCAAAAACAUCUGAACAAGAGACAGCCAAGGAGGAAGAUGGAUCUGUAGAACUGGAAUCUCAAGUUCAGAAAGAUGGCGUAGCAGAUUCUGCAGUUCUUUCUUCAAUGCCUUGCUUGUUGAUGGAACUGAGAAGAGACUCUUCUGAGUCUCAGUUAGCAUCCACAGAGAGUGACAAGGCGACAACUGGUCGAGUUUAUGAGAGUGACUCCUCUAAUCAUUGCAUGCUUUCCCCUUCCUCUAGUGGUCACCUGGCUGAUUCAGAUACAUUGUCUUCUGCAGAAGAAAAUGAACCCUCCCAGGCAGAAACAGCAGUGGAAGGAGACCCUUCUGGAGUGUCUGGUGCCACAGUUGGUCGUAAGUCUAGGCGGUCUCGUUCUGAAAGUGAAACAUCUACUAUGGCUGCCAAGAAAAACCGGCAAUCCAGUGAUAAACAGAAUGGCCGAGUUGCCAAGGUUAAAGGUCAUCGGAGCCAAAAGCACAAGGAGCGGAUUAGAUUGCUGAGGCAGAAACGGGAGGCUGCUGCAAGGAAGAAAUACAACUUGCUGCAGGACAGUAGUACCAGUGACAGUGACCUGACUUGUGACUCAAGUACAAGCUCCUCAGAUGAUGAUGAAGAGGUUUCAGGGAGCAGCAAGACAAUCACUGCAGAGAUACCAGAUGGACCUCCAGUUGUAGCUCAUUUUGAUAUGUCUGACACCAGCUCUGACCCAGAAGUGGUAAAUGUGGACAAUUUAUUGGCGGCUGCAGUAGUUCAAGAGCACACUAAUUCUGUAGGCGGCCAGGACACAGGAGCUACCUGGAGAACCAGCGGGCUGAAUGCUGAGGCAGGUCAUUUGGAUCCAGGAUUCCUAGCGAGUGACAAAACAUCUACUGGCAAUGCACCACUUAAUGAAGAAAUUAAUAUUGCCUCUUCAGAUAGUGAAGUAGAGAUUGUGGGUGUUCAGGAACACGCGAGGUGUGUUCAUCCCAGAGGGGGUGUGAUUCAGAGUGUUUCUUCGUGGAAGCACGGCUCUGGCACACAGUAUGUCAGUACCCGGCAAACCCAGUCAUGGACUACUGUGACCCCCCAGCAGACUUGGGCUUCACCAGCAGAAGUUGUUGAUCUUACCUUGGAUGAGGAUAGCAGGCGUAAAUACCUACUGUAAUACAAUGUCACUGUGUUUCCUCUGCACUGUUUCCUUCCACUUCCCACUUCCUUCUCCUCUUUGUGACACAGAAGUUCAUUGUCAUAGCUUCAGCUUCAGAAGCUGUUUGUGGCGUUUGUAGAAUUGAAACUCAUGGAAACCUCCCCACACUUUUUUUUUUUUUUUUUUUUAAAUUAAAAGAAGUCACUUAGGAAAAUAACUUAUCACAGAAAAUAAUUUUUUCUUUCCCUCAGUAGGAAUAUGAGAAUGAUGAAUUUCAUUAGACAACUUCAUUUUACUUGGUGACUUGUAAUCUUAGGAAAUUUGCCUUCCUUUUAGAAUAAUAGUUCAAUUACCAAGUAAAAUGGAUUUCAGUUUUCGAAUCUUGUAUUUAUUUUUCUGUAUAAUAAAAUUAAUAUCUAGACUUGA